GAACAGCUGUUGUACCCGAAGGGGCCCGCUCGCGUGAUCUCCCUCGAGGACGGGAUCUCCCACACGCCGCUACUGUUCCUACAGUAACAUCGGCCGAAGAGAUUGUAAUACAAAAUUGGGUACAUUGUUCAGUGACGCUCAACCGGAUGGCAAACAAAAGCGAUGGCGCGUUUUCGCAUUUUAAAUGCACCAAAAACUAAAAUAUCUCUGUCUCUAUCCGUUGCUUUAUAAAAGCGCGUAUGAUACGCAUCUGUGAUAAAUCGAAAGAUCGACUCGAGAAUUGUCAGAGAGCUUUCUCGAGUUCUACUUUCAAACUUCUCUCUCUUUCUCUCUCUCUCUCUCUUUCUCUUUCUCUCUUAUCGCGUUAUAACUAACGGUAGCGCGUGCGACUACGAUUAAAAGUAACCUUUAAGAUGAUGAUUCGGAAAAUCGCGAAACGAAUGGCAAAUAUAUGUGUGUUUUUUGAAAAAAAGAAUUGUCAUUUUAAAUUAUUUUAUUAUCCAAUAAAAUGAAAAGAGAAAGUACAAAUCUUUGAAGAGACCGUACAACGCUACGUUUGCAUAUUUGAGAUAAAUUUCUUAAGCGAAAUAUUUGAACUUAUUAUUUGAAAUUCUGCGUCAAUAAUAGCGUGAAUUGCAGAGGAUACUGCGCAAAACUUUAGCGCGAAAAAAAGAUUGAUAAAGUGUAUAAAGAGCUUUAAAAUUGAAUUUACUACGCGCAUCUUUUAUUGAUGAAAAAUGAAAGAAUAAGUUCUGAGCAAGAAAAUCAAAAGUGUUGUUCGCACGAGAAAAUAAAUCAGAUUAAAGUAAAGUAAUUUCUCAAUUCGAUAGUUUGAAUCGGAACCUCAAAAGUUAUACUAGAAUCGAAUUUAUUUCAAUAAUUGCACUUUUUCCAAUACAAAAACUAGCCAAUAUUUAUUUAAGACAUUCAACGCGAUUUUAAAAUUCAAAAAAUUCAGAAGAGGAAUGACAAAAAUCUUUAUCGAGAAAUUUUAUACGUCUAGCGUACAUCUAAUUUCGGGAAUAUGAUAAAAUGCUGUUUUGCACUUUAAUCUGAUAUCAAGGCAAAACCUCGAUAUUACGUCUGAUGUAUUUUAUCAACAUGAUGAAGAUUCAUUGUGUAAAAUCAAUAUAAAGGAUUCGUUAUAAUUUGUAUAAUACAAUUUAUAUCGAAGGAUGCUCUCUACACUAUUGCUUUAUAAAAAGAUCAUAAGAGGAAUAAGCACCUUCAUACGACAAAAUCCGCGUUACGUACUGAGUUACGCUUUUUUGGAAUAUCUGUACCGUAGAUUGCAAAGGAUGUUUAGACAAAAUCUUCAUUGGAUUACGUUACCAGAUGUAGCUAUUAAACGUAUGCUAAAUGAUCUGGAAGAUACGCAAAGUAAAUACAUCGAUUUUGAUUCCUGUGCAUUAGCGAAUGCACGAUUUUUAAAGGAAUCGCCGAGUUCCUGGUUUCACAUAUGUUCGAUGACUUCAUUGACAAAAUAUAAAUUGAUGAUCGUAUCCGUAACUGAUACUAAUGAAAAUACUAUCUUAAUCUCUGAAACGAUGCUGCACAAUUUGCAGAACGCUCUUCACUCUGAACAAUUGGACGAAUCGUGUUUUAUACUGCCAUUGGAAGAUGACGUAGUCGAAUUUGCGAGCGAGGCGAGAAUAUCCUUAAUCACCAAUCCGUACGAUUGCGCUACCGAAAUGGUGGAUGUCAUGCUGGAGAAUUAUUUUUUACAUCCCCGAUAUUUACGUGUAAAUGAUGUAUUUAGGAUCGAUGCGAAGGAAUAUGCUCAAAAUCGAUUUUAUUCGUCCGCAUCACCGGCGAUUUGCGCGAUGUAUUUUACGGUUAAUUCCAUGAAAGUAAAUCACCAUGGACGCAACGAUAACGUUAACGACUGUUACGUCGUGCGUGGAGAGUCGACGCUCAUCCAGGAGGCGCGAGUGCACGAUUAUAUUCCGCGGAGACAUGUUUCUAUAUUUCUCGAAGGCAGAUAUCCAUCAGCUUUGAUGGAACCUUUGGAACAUUUAGUAUCCUGCGUCACGCCGUUCUUGAAGAAAAAUGUACAAUUGCAUGUAAGGCCGGUAUUUCUCGUGAAAGGACCGCGAGGCUGCGGUAAACGCGAAUUGGUUCAGUUCGCGUCUGCGGGAAUGGGAUUGAACUUUCUCGGCGUUGACUUCGCGGAGGUGCAAACUCUAACAGCGGCGCAAACUGAGGCUAAACUUCGCAUAACGCUACAUAAUGCGCAGCAAUGCGUACCGUGCAUAUUGUAUCUAAAUAAUAUUCAAAUAUUCGGCAAGACCGCUGAAGGCCAAAAGGACGAGAGGAUUAUAUCCGCUUUUUCAACGGAGAUCGCCACAUUAUAUGCUGAUAGACAUCGAAAAUUUCCUCUGAUCAUCGUAGCUGCCUCGGACGAAACCGAUCUACCCGCGGAACUGCAACGAAUAUUUAUCGAGACGAUUCAUGUUAAACACUUGAAUCAAAAUAAACGGAUGGAACUGAUGUCUUGGUUGCUAUCCGAUAGGAAUCUAACGACCACCGCAGAUCUAUCGAAAGUCUCUGGUCUUUGUUCAGAUUUCAGAUUCACGGAUUUGGUGGCAUUGAUGUUGCAUGCGGCUAAAUUUCGAUGCAAAUCAGGGAUGCUGCCCGAUUCUAAAACCUUGACGCAAACAGAUUUCGAUCGAGCUUACGAAUAUAUGCAGUCCAUGUAUUCCGAUAAUAAAGACGCUCCACGCGUGCCGGAAGUUCGCUGGGAUGAUAUAGGCGGUUUGGCAGAAUUGAAACACGAAAUUAUUCGUAGAAUUCAAUUGCCAUUAUUGAACGCCUUCGGAUUUGGACAGUCCGGAUUAUUAUUAUACGGUCCACCUGGUACCGGGAAGACUCUUCUCGCCAAGGCGGUAGCAACGGAAUACCAAUUGCAUUUUUUGUCCAUCAAAGGUCCGGAAGUGUUGAACAUGUACGUCGGUCAGAGCGAGAAGAACGUAAGACAAAUUUUCGAGCGUGCGCGUUCCGCGGCCCCCUGUAUCGUCUUUUUCGACGAGCUGGACUCAUUGGCACCUAAUCGUGGCAGAAGCGGCGACAGCGGCGGUGUAAUGGACCGCGUGGUCUCUCAAUUACUCGCCGAGAUGGAUGGCCUUGACGAAUCCGGCGGCAUAUUCAUCAUAGGGGCCACGAACAGGCCCGAUCUCAUAGAUCCUGCGCUGCUUCGACCCGGGAGAUUCGAUAAGAUGCUCUACGUCGGCAUUCACUCCGACUGCGCGUCCAAGCUCAGUGUUUUGCAAGCGCAGACGCGGAAAUUCGAAUUACGGGAGAACGGACGAGAGCUAGAACGGGUCGUAGACCGAUUGCCCGAUAAUGUCACCGGUGCGGACUUGUAUUCCGUUUCUUCCAAUGCAUGGCUCAACGCUGUACGCGAAGUUGUCGCAAGGCAUCAGGAAAGCAAAAAACUCAACAAGGAAGAAGAAGAUACGAUUAAGGAUAGUAUUAUCGUAGAACUGCGACAUUUUUCGGACGCUAUUCGUGAUCUGGUACCCUCUGUUAGCGACGAAGAGAUAGAGAGGUACAACAGAAUGCGGACAGAGCUAUCAUCAUCGUAAUUCCGGGAAAAAUCUUGUCUCUUAAGGUAAGAUAAAAUAUAUUUCUAUUAAGGAUCUUGAGCUGUCUGUUCGAUUAUGACGAAUAUCAUAAUCCGAAUUAAUCGUCUGUAAUGAUAGACUUUUUACUGUUUUGAUCCCUUAUCUCGUGCCAAAGUUUAUAAUUCUAGUUAAAUACAAUUAAUCGA